AUGGCUCAAUCUUGGACCAAGAUUAAAGAGAUUAAUAAGGGGAAGCAUCAAGUCUGUCGGCUCACUAAGUCUCUUUAUGGACUCAAACAGGCUUCUCGGCAGUGGUUUGCCAAGUUCUCUACUACCUUAUUAUCUCAUGGUUUUACUCGGUCAAAAUCUGAUUAUACUUUGUUUACUCGUUUUCAAGGUUCAAGCUUUAUUGCUCUUUUGGUUUAUGUGGACGACAUUGUGUUGGCUAGUGAUUCUGUUGAUGCUAUCAAACAGUUUAUUCAAUUUCUAAACAAUGAGUUUAAGCUCAAGGAUCUUGGUGAUUUGAAAUUUUUCCUUGGUUUAGAAAUUGCUCAAACUUCAAAGGGUUUAUCUCUUUGUCAACGAAAAUAUACUUUGGAGAUCUUGGAAGAUUAUGGUUUACUUGCUGUCAAAGCUUCUAAAUUUCCUAUGGAAACUAAUUUGAAAUUGUCUCGGCAUAAUGGUGAUGUUCUUGAUAAUCCUGCUAGUUAUCGACGUCUUGUUGGUCGUCUUCUUUAUCUCACCAUUACUCAACCGGACAUAGCUUAUUCGGUGCAGACUUUUAGCCAGUUUAUGGAUACUCCUAGGCAGCCUCACAUGGAUGCAGCAACUCGAGUUCUUAGAUACCUCAAGUCUUCCCCAGGCCAAGGACUUUUUUAUCCUGCAAAUUCAGCUUCUCAUCUUAAAGCUUUUUGUGAUUCAGACAGGGCUGGAUGUCUUGAUACUAGACGUUCGGUCACUGGUUACUGUGUCUUCUUGGGGGAGUCUUUGAUUUCUUGGAAAUCAAAGAAACAAGUUACUGUCUCUCGUUCCUCUGCAGAAGCAGAGUAUCGCUCUAUGGCAGCCACUACUUGUGAGAUUACUUGGUUACUACAUAUGCUUAAUGAUUUCAAGAUUGAUCAUUCUCAACCAGCGUUGCUGUUUUGUGAUAAUCAAGCAGCCCUCCACAUCGCUGCCAAUCCGGUUUUCCACGAAAGAACUAAACACAUUGAAAUAGAUUGUCAUUUAGUCCGGGAUAAGUUUCAAGAAAAUGUCAUCCGGCCUCUACAUGUGAAGUCUAUGCAUCAACUUGCAGAUUUAUUCACCAAAGCUCUUGGUUCUAAUCUUUUUCAUUCUCUAUUAUCCAAGAUGAACAUCAUUAAUAUUUUUAAUGUUGUUUCCUCUUGA